ACGUGUAUUUGUUGAUCCUUGCUUUCGGAUCUCCGGAAUGGCUUCGAGUGUCACCCAUUCUUUAUGACGAUCAGUACUCUCGGUUGCCCAACUAUGACUGAAAAAACGUUGAGAUCUAUUUCGACGUUAUUCCUCGCCUGCGUUCCGGUCGCCGAACUGAGGAAAUUGCUGGAUACGGUGCCGAGGGAACUACUGACGCAGGAAUUUCAGGAAGCGUUGAUCGACCGCACAGUUCUCCAUCCUACUGCGUUAGCUUACCCGCCGAGGCCGGCGUACAUAAUCAAUUUCCUCAAGUGUCUCAUCAACAAGCUAGAAGAAAAAAAUGUCGAGAUCACAGACAGCCUGUACGUCCACUUUGCCGAGAAACUCGGAGGUGUGAACAGCGACGAAGACAUCCCCGGCUUCGUCACGUACACCAUCGACGCUCGCACGACAGUCACGUUAAAAGAACAUGCGGCUUUUGUGGUUGGUGGGACGACAGGCCUCACAACAUGGCAGGCAUCAAAGUUUCUGUCUGAAUGGUGCCUCGAAAACAGGCAUCUCUUGCGUGGCAAGCGCAUUCUAGAACUGGGGUGUGGCGUUGGACUGACUGGCAUCGUCGUGUGCAAGACCUGUUGUCCUUUGUCAUACACAUUCACUGAUGGCCACGACGCCGUUCUUCGCUCACUAGUGGACAACCUCAAGUGGAACGGCGUCACGGAGUGCCAUGCAAGGGUUGAAACGCUUCAUUGGGGCGAGCAUGAAAGCUUCGAGGAACGGUGCACAGCAGACGUAAUCCUCGGAGCUGAUCUGGUGUACGACCCGGAAGUCGUGCCAGCCCUCGUCACGACCCUGGCGGCUGUGCUGGAGCACGGUGGCACAGCGUACAUCGCGUCGACCGUCCGCAAUCCCGAAACUCGUGCGUUGUUCCUCAGUAAACUAGGUGAGGCAUCGCUGCAAUACGAACCAUGUGCAGGUCCACGAGAAAAGGUUUUCUUCUAUGAUCGCUCUUGCCCAGUUGCCAUAGACAAGAUCACAGCAUGUUCUAGAUGACACGAAAAUCCACACUAUAUCACGUUAUGUAGGAUAGGUAAUUUAUGUUUCCGGUGGCUGCAUUUCGAUAGGGUUAGAAUGCAGACACAAAUACGCCUCUGUAUGCUUCGAUUUAGGUGCACGCUAAAGAAUUCCAGGUGGCCGAACUUAUUCCGAAGGUUCCCCACUAUGGCAUGCCUCAUAUCCGUGUCACGCGGGUAUAUAUCAUUAUCAUCAUCAUUAGCCUGAC